AUGGCUUCAGCAACGGGAAUUCCGCAGGACCACCCUCAGACCGUCGAGUCACGAGAGGACGAGCCCCUCCUGGGAGGACCUGGCCAGGUCGUCCAGAAAGAGUCCGACUACAUCUUCUAUAACCUGUUCACGGGAACGGCCACGGUGGCUCAAUUUGGCAUCUGGAUUCUGACCAUCUUAAUUUGGUCCGGCAUUUUCAAUCAUGAAUUGAUUUUGUUCUCUGCUCAUCCGCUCCUCAAUUCGUCUGCUCUCCUUUUGCAAGUCCAAGCAGCUCUGAUUCUCCAGCCCACCGCAACCCCACAGCAGAAGCUCCAGGGAACACGCGUUCAUUACAUUCUCCAAUCUCUGAGUCUAGCUGCAUUUCUUUCCGCCUUCGUCGUCAUCGAAGUUAACAAGGGCAACCAUGCGCGCUUCACCUCGCCCCACGGCGUGAUGGGCUUAAUCACCUACUUGCUCAUCAUCCUGCAGGCGCUCGGUGGUGUCGUCCAGUACUUCCUCCCCGGUCUGGUCCUGGGAGGUGCCAACCGCGGCAAGCGUUUUUACAAGUAUCACCGUGCAUCCGGAUAUGUGCUGCUGCUACUGGAAUUGGCGACCAUUUCUGCGGCUACGCGAACUACCUUCAAUCUGACCGUGUUGGCUAUUCCUCUGUGGGCUGUUCUGUUGGCUGCCGUGGUGAUUGUUGCGGGCGUUGGAGCCAGGGUUAAGAAGCAUAAGCUGGGACUAUAA